CUCCCACGUGUUCUCUCCCAUCCAGCGGCUGCGGCGCCCGCCCUGACCCACACUCUCCGCCCCUAGACUCGACUGGCAGCGCAGCCCCCCAGCCUCGCACUGGUGUCGGAUGCGAGAGCCUGUGCUUAAGUAAGAAAUCAUUCAUUGGAGACAUUGAAGCAAAGGUCGGACAACUAAUUUUCCAGAACAAAAGGAAACUCAUGCAUCAGAAAAGGUGACUAAUAAACAUACCAAAAGAAUAUGGCUGCACAAAUACCAGAAUCUGAUCAGAUAAAACAGUUUAAGGAAUUUCUUGGAACCUACAAUAAACUUACAGAAACCUGCUUUUUGGAUUGCGUUAAAGACUUCACAACAAGAGAAGUAAAACCUGAAGAGACCACCUGUUCCGAACAUUGCUUACAGAAAUAUUUAAAAAUGACACAAAGAAUAUCCAUGAGAUUUCAGGAAUAUCAUAUUCAGCAGAAUGAAGCCCUGGCAGCCAAAGCAGGACUUCUUGGACAACCACGAUAGAGAAGUCCUGAUGGAUGGACUUUUGAUGAAAGAUUGCCAGCAGCUGUCGUGAUGGAAAUGAGGAUUCAUCUGAUAGAAUCCCCUGAAAGCAGUAGCCACCACAUUAAACUGUCUGUCAUGACUUUGGCAAAUGGAAACAACUGGAGAAACAAAAUUGCUAUUUACCGAGAAUAAUCAAAAUAGGAGGUCUUAUUGUUCAAUGAAAAUAAUAAGAUGCAACAUUUGUUGAGGCCUUAAGAUUCAGCAGCUUGGUAAUUUCAUUAGAAAAAUAAACCAUUGUUUCUUCAAUUGUGACUGUUAAUUUUAAAGCAAAAUAUGUGUCAAUCAUGUAUGAGAUAGAAACAAUUUUUUAUUACUAAAAGUAAAAUAAAUGGAAAUAUCACUGAGCAGUUGUUUAUAUUAUAUAUAAAGUACCAUAGUGUUCUGACUGGACUGUGGAUACGUUGAAAUGUUUUUCAAUCACGAUCAUCCUCCAAGUAUUCCUGUUCAUUCAUGUCUG